UGUGUUUUAAUAUUGUGGAUUAUUAAUUAUUAAUAUUAAUUUUAUGCAUUUCAGUGUCUUUACGGAUUAAGUGAAUCGACAGCGUCCAUAUUCCAAUCGAUGCCUGGUGAUAGUGUGGACACAGUUGCUGAGACUGUCGGCUACUUGCAGGAUCAUCUUGAGGUUAAGGUAGUAAAUGAUAAAGGGAAUACAGUUCCAUUCGGUACAGCAGGCGAGCUGUUAUCCCGAGGCUACAACAACAUGAUUUGUUAUUGGCAGGAACCUGAGAAAACCAAAGAAACACUGUCCGAGGACGGGUGGCUCAGUACCGGUGACGAAUUCAAAAUCAGUAAAGACGGUUACGGGCGAAUAGUUGGGAGGAUCAAGGACAUUAUAAUGAAAGGAGGCGAGAACAUAGCUCCGAAAGAGAUAGAAGACGUCCUCAACACACACCCUGCCAUCAUUGACAGCCAGGUAGCGUUAAAUAUUCUUCUUAUUUUUAAUUAAUGGCGUUGCCCUUGUGUAUUUCGCCAGAAUCCAGUGCUUCGCUCAGUUUACUUCAUAUUUUAGUAUUUUAUAAACUCUAAAUUUUGCAUGUUGGUUGUGAAAGCCCAAUUUUGAAUUUC